AUGCCAAUGCCUCUAUUGACAGCAUUCACAAUCUAUGUUCUUGUCUUUUUGCUGCUCACAUUCACUUCAUCCCUGUUUUUAUGUUCGCAGAAGAGAGCAGAAGCGCGCGGUGCAGAACCUCUUGAGGCUAAAAAAGAUGGUCCUCUCAAAGUCAAGAAGGAAGGUCCAGACAAAAUGGUUCAGCCACCCAGAGUUGUAAUCGGGGAAGAUGGAGAAGUAUCUUAUGACUACAGACAGUCAAAGGGAAGCACAGAAACUUCAAAAGCUUCUAGAGGGUCGACAAGCACAGAACUGAGAAGAACUAGCACAACAUUGACCAAUACAAGCAGCAAUUUGUGCAGAAGAAGGGAGUCGAGUAAUUCUCAACGCUCCUGCAAACGUUCCGCUGCACACGCCAGUUCUUCAUCCAGAGAUGAGGCAAACAGUGCAAAUACUUAACAGUCCACUAGUGGUGUACUCGAUAUUCAUACCAUGUCAUUCUACGAUUUUUACAAUGUGCAAAUGCUGCAAGCAAUGCAGCAAUUUUACGCAACGUCGGAUCUUAGCUCUCAACAGUUAUUGUUAGGACCACAGGUGCAAGACGAUGUUUUUGAAAGUGAUCCAUGCAUGUUAUCCCACAAUUGUAUUCCUCUGGAUCGCUAUUGUGAUAAGGCGAAUCGUCAUGGUUAUCAGGCAUGCCAAACCAUGAGGAAAGACAAAAAGGCUUACAAAACAACACCUUACAGGCAUUUCUCGGAAACCGCCCAUGCUAUAUUCACCGACGACACAUGGAGAACACUCGAAGAAAGAGAAAAAGUGCUUGGUAAAUUUCAUGGAAGGAGUUACGAGCAAAGAAGGAGAACAUUUGCCAAGGCAGCGAACGCUCACAAAAGGACUGUAGAUCCGAGCAAUAUUCCAGAAGAUCUUCGUAACGUUCCCGGAGGCGAGGUAUUUUUGCAGCUUCAAACGGAUGAUUUGCACAUAUACUUCAGCAGAAAAGUUGUUGAGUUGGCUCGAGACCAUGGAUUGCAUGCACUGGAUGGAGUGCACAAAUUAAAUCCUGUUGCAAUUCCAAAUAGAAUGGAUAAAGGUCAGCUUUAUGUCGUGCACGCGGCAAUCCAAGGAGGCAUAGAGGUACCGUUACUCUACGCUGUCACCAGAUUCAAGACCGUCGGAACUUACAAAAUAGUGUUCGAAAGCCUUCGGGAAGUUCUAGGAGAAUACAAAGAAAGAUUUGUAGUCGAUUUUGAAAAGGCGGCCAUUCGAGCAGCAAGGGAGACUUUUCCUGAAGCGGAUGUUCAAGAAUGCGCUUUUCAUUUAGCGCAGGCGUGGAAUAGGGCUUCUGUUAAUUUGGGGCUAAGAAAGUUCAUAAUGGGACCUAAAGCGGUUCUAGAGGAUUAUAGGACAACAAACGCAGCAGAAGCAUUUCACAGCAAAUUGCGUGGAAUGCUUUCAAAGCGAAUUAAUCCCCCGUUUGAAGAGCUGUUGGAAUGCUUGCACUCUAUCAACUCAUUGGCACUAGGAAUGCUGAAACAUGUCCAAGAGAAUGCACGCGCUUCGAGAGCUCUUCGCAAAAAAGAUCAAGAGCGUCGUGACAAGAUCAACAACGCAAUGGAUGAGUUUAAAGAGAUGCUUCGUUUGGAUGAUGAUUUAGAAAUAGAUGUCAUUAAUAACUAUUGCAGGAAGAUGUCACAGUUUGUUACAGAGAAGACUAUAUAG